GGUAGCAUCGUUACUUCUGUCAAUCAGAGAAAAAAUAUUAAAAAUUAUACAAGCAUGUCGUCAAUGCACAAUACCGCCUUCUACAAGAGCGCCUUGGAUGCUCAGCACAACACGCUGCCACCGGUGGAGGAGCGGGAACCGAAUUACAUCGACAACCUGCACAUCAUAUUCUUCGAGCAGAUCUUCGAGGCCAUCGACAAUCUGAGCGAUCAGGUUCGAAUGGCCAGGGCGUAUCCCCAGUUUGUGCCACAGAUCCUCAAGAUUUGGGAGAAGCGGCUCAACCUCACCAUGGGACCCAAUACCGCCUUCCUAUUGCUCCUGGACAUUGAGGACUAUGUCUUCUUCAUGGAGCACAUGGCCAGUCGCUUUACGGAGCUGCAUGUUCACGAAGAUGGAGUGGGAUCCUUUGCGGAAUUCUACGACUACAUCACACAUUUGUGCGACAUCAAUAUCACCAGGUUUCCCAAUGUGGACACUUGCAUAUUGGCGGGUAAUCCUGAUAUCGUGGUCGAUGAUGACAUCAGGGAUCUCACGGCAAUGCUGCCCAACCUGAAGCGACUGAUGACCUGCAUGAACAUCUCGGGAGCAUAUAUCCGAGGAUUCAGGAAACUGGAGGAGCUAGUUUUCCACUCUCUGUACCACUCGGUGCCCCUGGACAGCCGCUGGAUGCAGGAUAUCUGCCUAAAUAUGACCCAACUGAGGGUUCUCGACAUCACCGAUCAGUUCGACAGUGGCGUAAGACUCACAGACAUCAAGCUGCCCAAUCUGGAGGUACUGAAGAUCAACCUGAGCACCGUGGAGUGCAUGUUAUCCGAUGUUCUACAGCUGCCCAAGCUCCAGAAGCUGGCCGUAAGAUAUGACGAUUCCCGACAGCUGAAUGCCGACGAGGAGACCAUCUUCCAGCAGAUUGUGGUGGCCAAGAGUGACUCGAUCACACGGAUUGCACUUAACAACGAGGUGGUGCAGCUUCCUUCCCGCUGGCAGCACAGCCUGCUCCUGGAGCUGCCCAAGCUGAGGGCUUUGAUCUGCGAGAACUGGUACCACAACGAUUUCUUCCUGGAUCGCCAGCACAUUCCCUGCCACCAGAUGGAGGUGCUCAGCUUCAGCGGCUGGGAGAUAGUGCGGGAAUAUCAGCUCCUGGAAAUGGUGGCCGAGUGCACCCAGCUGGAGCACUUGGCUCUGAACGGAUACCACAGCACCUGGGACAAACUGAACAAGUUGGUUAGCAUCCGCAACCAGGAGAGGAACCCAAAGCCCCUGCAAGUCUUCAGCGAUCUGAUGUGGGCCAACUUUACGCCCAAUGAAUACCAUCAGUGGUGUGGCAACAGGUACGUCCAGGUCACCUGCGACAACAGCGAAUACGAGUACCAGGAGGAAGGCUUCGAGUUCGAUUUUGAGUAAACCAAUGCUCAAGGAUUCCGGAUUGUACAUACACACACAUACACAUUUUUAUAUUUUAGAUAUAG